CCGCCCGCUCGCGUCAGCACAGCACGCUCCUCAUUUCCCCCCCGGACUUUCCCUUCCCCCCCUCUCCUCUUCUUGUCUCCUACUCCUCCUCCUCCCAAUCUAGAACCCCCUCCCUCCUUCCUCUGCUUUCCCCCGACCCCCGCAUUCCCCUUCCGUUCACGGUUGACCCAGCGAGCGUUUCCCCGCUCUCCGACGGCUGCUGCCGUACGCCAGGUGCUGAGGAGGUGUUCGUCGUCGGUAUCUUCGCCGGCAACGAGAGCACUCGACAGGUUGAAUUACCUUUUACUCGGUGUUCUGUGCUCUCCAACUGCUUCGCUUGUCACAUAAAAAUCGUAGAGGAAAAUGGACUACUAUCAGCUGAAUGAAUGGAUAGCAUGAUGAUGAAUUGUAUAUCCUACAUCAUUUUUAUACUUUAGUUAAAACAGCUUGAUGGAACCUAGAAAAGAUGAUGUUCGCUCUGCUGCUCAAAGUUCCAUUCGUGGGUCCUCAAGCUCAGCAUGCACCAGUUAUCCCAUUCCAGAAUACCCUGUUGCAGGCACCGUUAAGCCUGUCCUUAAUUAUUCAAUUCAAACUGGGGAGGAGUUCUCUCUUGAAUUCAUGAGAGCUAUACCCAAGAAACAUCUUGUUCCUGGUAUGCCUCAUAAUCAGAAUGUCACUUCCAGUACUGGUCACAAAGAUUCCAGAGUAAGCCUUGGUGCUCAUCGCACAGGAGGUGAAACUAGAUUCGAUGCAUCAAUAUUUCUGACCUCAGAUAACCAUCAACCAGAUGAAGUUGAAAGAAAACCUUUUUCUGAAAAUGAAAACAGAAGAAGGCACAUGUCAAGUAUGUCAGUUCCACGAGUUCCAUCUGGUGGUGGAAGUAGUCAGGGACUGUCCCGUGGCUAUGCUUCUUCUGAGGCUUCAGAAACUUCCAGAGUGAUUAAAAUUCUCUGUAGCUUCGGGGGGAAAAUAUUACCCCGACCAAGUGAUGGAAAGCUUAGGUAUGUUGGUGGUGAGACCCAUAUAAUUCGGAUUAGUAGGAAUGUUUCCUGGCAGGAGCUUAAACAGAAGACAACUGCCAUAUAUAAUCAACCUCAUGCUAUCAAGUAUCAGUUACCCGGUGAGGAUCUUGAUGCCUUGAUCUCAGUUUCAAAUGAUGAAGAUUUGAGAAAUAUGAUGGAAGAAUGUGGUUUGCUUGAUGGAGAUGGGUCCCAGAAGCUUAGGAUAUUCCUUGUUUCUUCUAUUGAAUUUGAUGACAUGAGUUUCAGCCUGGGUAGUAUGGAUAGUGAUUCUGGGAUCCAAUAUGUUGCUGCCAUCAACGGGAUGGAUGGAAUUGCUGCGAAUUCAUCUAGUGGCCAGGGUUUGGUAAAUACAUCCAUGAAUGAACCCGAUCAGUUCUUUAAUCUCAAUUUUGAUAGUAGGCUGACAAACUCAAGCAGAGACAGUUCAAAUUUGCAUGCAGUGAAUGCGUCUACUUUCAUGCCUCCAGAGAUGCUCUCAAGACCAAUGCCAUCAGCUCUAUACAGUGAUAAUACUGCAAAUUUGCGCUCUUACUAUAGCCAUGGGAUGCAGAAUUUGCAGGGUUCUGAUUACUCUAACCCAGCUACCAGUGAAAGAUUUCAUGACAUUCAGGGACAGAGGAUGCAGAAUUUGCAGGGUUCUGAUUACUCUAACCCAGCUACCAGUGAAAGAUUUCAUGACAUUCAGGGACAGAGGAUGCAGAAUUUGCAGGGUUCUGAUUACUCUAACCCAGCAACCAGUGAAAGAUUUCAUGACAUUGAGGGCCAGAUAUCUAUUCCUCUAUCUACACCUUCUGAUUAUAGAUAUACAUCCCAGUAUGCACCUUUCUCAGGAACUGCUUCACAGCGAUCUAUUGAUCAACAAUUUUAUCAGGAUGCUCAGACAGAAGCAUCAGUGGAGGAGGAAAAGAGGUUUUCUGGUAACAUGCCUAAUCAAAAUAAUGAACUAGAUUACUUUCAGUCGCUUGAAAAUCUCAGUGGUCAUACAAAGCAUCAAGACUCAUCUGCUUCAAACUAUAUGCCUUCAGGAGCCCCCCCUACUGCUGGUAUUCAAGAAGGUGUGACAUCUUCUCUUCAACCAAGUGACAAUGUGAAGAACCUAGAGACUUGUACCAUGCCAAGAGCUAGGUCGACAACGCAGGGUUCAGAUAUCAGCGAAGAUGAUCGCCAUUCUGGUGGAGCUUUUGCAUCUGGCUGUUCUGACUUUCAGGCUGACAUGAUAGAUCACAGCUAUAAGAAUCCGUCUCCUCACCCUGGGCGAGUUUUUCAUUCUGAGCGGAUUCCUAGGGAGCAAGCAGGCUUUCUGAAUCGGCUAUCGAAAUCUGAAGAUUCGCUUAAUCCAGAACUUUUAAUUCAUCAGUCGCAGUCUGGCGUUGCAAGUGAACACAUUUUAGAAAAUAUUGACUCUGCAUUUGAGGGGACUGAAAAACCAAAUUUAGCUGCCCAGGAUAUAAAUCUAAAUGAUCCAGCUGUCGAUGAUAGUCUUAUACAGUUUGAGAAAGGGUUUACCAACACUGUACAGCAAGCUUCUCCAUUCAGUGCACAUCUGCUUGGUGAAAAGAGGUCCUCAGAUGACAGGAGCAGUAGAAAUGGGGAGAAAGUUAGCCAUGCAGCUGAACAGGUCGUAGCUAAAGGCAAACUUGAUGAGGAAACUUCUCAAGAUGUAGAAACAACUAAUCAGCUGGGUUCUCAUGCUGCUGUACCACAUAUUAGUUGGGAUGCUCCUAAGCCAACACUGCCAACUGAUUGUGAAUACGAUCCUGUUGUACCAUGUUCCACCAGCUCUGUGGAUGUUUCUCACAAGGAAACUAUUAUCCCGAGCACACAAAAUAGAGACAUUGCUGGUAGUACAGAGAGGACCUCCCCUGACAUUCUUUCUGAUUUCUUUGCAAAUGCUAAUUCUUUAGCACAGUCAUCCAGUCCUUUUAUUGAUCCAAUCCAUAGCUUGAAUAUGCCUAAUUAUGAACCCCAGCGGUGGUCAUUUUUCAGAAAUCUUGCACAAAAUGAGUUUCCAAAAAAGGAUGAGGCCCAAGAUCUGGCAAAAAUUGAGGAGGGAGUUUAUCCCUUAGAUCAUUUAGAGCAUGAUACAACUAAUGUGAAGAAUUUGGCUCCUCAGAGUGAUGCUCCUGUGGAAGUGUCUCCAAUAGCUUCCCACACCAAUGUUGAUCCUAGCAUUUCAAUCCCAGGUUUUGUCUCAUCACAGAUUGACAAUCCAACGACAACGAAGAACGUUGAAGGGUUCCAAGUUGAUAAUCCUUUUACAAAUAUGCAUGAAAUGAUGCCAUCUCAUCUGGAUUUUGAGGAACAGAAGACUGAAGAGGGUAGGGCUGUUGGACCAGUCAUGGAUGCUUCCUUUAAAGACAAUGAUUUUGAAUACUUGCAGAUCAUCAAGAAUGAAGACCUCGAAGAGCUUAGGGAACUUGGUUCAGGCACAUUUGGAACUGUGUACCAUGGUAAAUGGAGGGGCAGCGAUGUAGCCAUUAAGAGAAUAAAGAAAAGCUGCUUCACAGGACGGUCUUCAGAACUAGAAAGACUAGCGCAUGAAUUCUGGCGAGAAGCUGAAAUUCUUUCAAAGCUUCAUCAUCCAAAUGUUGUGGCAUUUUACGGUGUUGUGAAAGAUGGGCCAGGUGGUACAUUGGCAACCGUGACUGAGUUCAUGGUUAAUGGUUCUCUUCGACAUGUUUUGCAGCGCAAGGACAAAUAUCUCGAUCGUCGUAAGCGGCUUAUCAUAGCAAUGGAUGCUGCAUUUGGCCUGGAAUAUUUGCACUCGAAAAAUAUUGUGCACUUUGAUUUGAAGUGUGAUAACUUGCUCGUAAAUCUUAAAGAUCAAUCGCGUCCCAUAUGUAAAGUUGGUGACUUUGGCUUGUCCAAAAUAAAAAGAAAUACCCUGGUUUCAGGAGGUGUGAGAGGGACUCUCCCAUGGAUGGCUCCAGAAUUACUUAAUGGAAGCAGCAAUAAGGUGUCAGAGAAGGUUGAUGUAUUUUCUUUCGGUAUUGUUAUGUGGGAAAUCCUCACCGGCGAAGAACCAUAUGCCAAUAUGCACUAUGGCGCAAUUAUAGGGGGCAUCGUAAACAACACACUGAGGCCUACUGUGCCAGCUUCAUGUGAUCCGGAGUGGAGAAGACUCAUGGAGCAGUGCUGGGCUCCGGAUCCGGCACAGCGCCCAGCGUUCACAGAGAUUGCUGGACGGCUUCGCUCCAUGUCAGUUGCAGCAAAUCAGGCGAAAGCAACCAAAUAAAUUACAGGUGGAGUACUUCCUUUCAAUCCCCAAUUUGUUGGGGGUUCAUUUCUCUUUUUUUUUCCCUUCUCUUUUUGACUGGAGAGUAAUACAUAUACAUGUAUGUUAUAGAGUGCUGUAAAAAUUAGUGCGUCAAUUUAUUUAUACCAUGUCAUGGGCUGGACUGUAUCCGGUAAUAUACUGGACUCGGUGUGAAGGUUGUGAUGUAUAAAAGUUUUAGAUGGAAUUUGUUGAAUGGUCGCAGGUGUGCCCCCUCAUAAACAGAAAUGAAUGUUAUAAUAUAUUGAAAACUGUGAGCAAGAAGCUCCAUACUACACCUUUGGACUUCA